UUCACUCGGUGGGCGGGGCUUAUUUUGGAGUGCAAAUGCCUCCGCCCCCCGCAGCGGUCCGCGAGCUGCUGUUGUCUUUUAAGAGCCGCGCGCAGGAGGUAAACAGUCAGGCAGGUUCGGGAUGGAGCGGAUGGAGUCCAUGGAACCGAUCUCUGCGUGCUACACCACAGCUUACCCGGAGAUCCAACCCGACAGCGGCUACGGCUCCAGGGACGGGACCGAGAACCAGGCCAAGACCCCCCCGCCCCCCGCCUACGACGAGGAGCUGGUGCACAAGACAAUCCUGGUUGGGGACAGUGGAGUGGGGAAGACGUCUCUGCUGGUGCAGUUUGAUCAGGGAAAGUUCAUCCCUGGUUCCUUCUCUGCUACAGUCGGCAUUGGAUUCACGAAUAAAGUAGUAACAGUCGAUGGUGUAAAGGUCAAACUACAGAUUUGGGACACAGCUGGACAGGAACGGUUCAGAAGUGUGACACAUGCAUAUUACAGAGAUGCACAUGCUUUGCUCCUUUUGUAUGACAUCACCAGCAAAUCAUCCUUUGACAACAUCAGGGCAUGGCUAACAGAGAUCCAUGAGUAUGCACAGAGUGAUGUAGUCAUCAUGUUGUUGGGCAACAAGGCUGACAUGAACAGUGACAGAGCAAUCAGGAGAGAUGAAGGAGAAAGGUUGGCCAGAGAGUAUUCAGUUCCUUUCAUGGAAACAAGUGCAAAGACAGGAGUCAACGUAGACCUGGCCUUCACAGCUGUGGCUAAGGAAUUGAAGCACCGAGCGGCCCAGCACCCCAAUGAACCCAAGUUCCAGAUUCACGAGUAUAUUGAGGCACAGAAGGAGAAGUCAGGCUGCUGCAGUUAUUUCUAAAUCUCUUCUCUAAAGGCUCCCCUCGAAACAGCUGCUAAACAUAUAAAAAGCUAAAAACUGGGAGGAACUCAUUACUGCCCUAUCAUUCAAAAUGCAAAACCAAAAGUGCAUCCAUUGUUGGAGAGAGAAGAGAAUGCAACAAGCAUGAUUCUUGGGCCUGCCCACAGUCUAUACAUUUUAUUCUGGGAUGCUGUGGCACAUGAUAAAAUCCCUUCCCUUUUACAGUGGUACAAAUAUGAAUAUGCCCUGAUUUGAGAACUGACUUGCAGAUAAAUCUUUUACAAUUGUGGUUCA